AUGAAGACGCCCAAACUCGACCUGGCUGAGUUUUUGAAGCAUUUGUCUGAUCACUACAGCUGUGAUUCUCCAUACGAGUUGGGGAUCAGAAUACGCGGCCUUGGGCUGCCCAUAUCGAGUCUGAACCGAGUGAGCCGUGUGGAGAGCAAAAUGUUGGAGGAAGCCAGAGAGGCCAUCCAAGGAGAGCUGGAGGAAGAAACCAAGGAGUGUCUGAAAAAAGUCAAGAGGAGUGUUUUAGAGUCGAUGCAAGGUGCACGCUCCUUCUCCUCCACAGGAAGCUUGGACCUCUGGAAGAAGUACUCCUCCAUGCCGGCGGCUGACGUAGUGCUGGAGGUCCUGUCCAACGCCAGGCAGGUGUUCAGCUCCAAGAUGGCCAAGCACGUGGAGCAGUUCUUGACGCAGGUGUCUCAAGACCGUCUGGCCAGAGCUCUGUUUCAGCUGUCUGUCUGCGGAGGCUCCUUGGCUGUUCCAUCGGACCUGGUGCCCAAAGAAAAGACCCCCAAAACUCCAGAAAAAGCUAAAACAGUGGACAAAGCUGCAGCGUCCCUCCCCAGUGAAGCCAAGGUGAAGCUGUUUCUGAAAGACAGCCUGGCUGCUCAGAACUCCACCAUCACUCUGGCCCACAUUGCUGCUGUGGAGAGGAAGCUGACCAAACACUUCCUGCUCAAAGAUUUCCUCUCGUUAGAACAAGGCACCUUCCUUGAGUUCCUGGUGAAACACGUUCAGGUAUACUUGUGGUUUUCAGUGGGAAAUUUUUACUGA